AUGGGCCAGAAACCUGAAUGGGAUGAGCAGAGAGUGCCCGGAAUGUUGCAGCUUGGGGUGCGCAUGCGGUGUGCUUCAAUUCCCAUCCUCCGCAGAUCAAGGAUAAAAACCGGCCUCCCUGGGGCAAAAAGUUUAUCAUUGAAAUUGAACGGUGGCAGACAUAUCCAAGGAAUACAGCGAGGAUUUUAUCCCUUCGUGAUAGAUGAAUGUGUGGAGAUGGCAACAAGUGGGCAACAGAAUAAUGCUGAAGUGAAGGGAAUAAGAGGAAGUAGUAUCACCAUGUUAGCAGCCUUGGAACAAGGAUAG